UAAACAAUAUAAACGAUAAACAAUAAACAAUAAACAAUAAACAAUAAACAACAAUGGCGGCUACCCAGAAGUUUGUUGCAGUUUUUCUGGUGUGCAUAUUUGUCCUUGUCGUCACGGCUGACGCUGCAAGGGACAAGGAGGAAUUUAAGAAGGAGGACAAGGCAUUUAAGGACGAGGAAAAGAUUCUUGAAGAUGAGGAUAAGGUUCUUACGGACGAGGAUAAGGCUCUUAAGGACAAGGUCGCCAAGGAAGAUGGCAAGGCUCUUAAGGCCGAGGGCAAGGACGAGGGCUCGGCUCUUAAGGCCGAGGCCAAGGCUCUUAAGGUCAAGGCCAAGGCUCUUGAGGAUGAGGCCAAGGCUCUUAAGGAAGAUGGCAAGGCUCUUAAGGAAGAUGGUAAGGACGAGGACAAGGCUCUUAAGGACGAGGACAAGGCUCUUAAGGAGGAGCACAAGGCUCUUAAAGACGAAGCCAAGGCUCUUAAGGAUGAGGACAAGGCUCUUAAGGAUGGGGCAAAAAUGUAGAAGAAUAAUAAAGCAAUCUAUUAUAUUUAAGGUGAAACAUCAUAGAAUUUCUAUAUUUAAAGUCAAGAUCAUAUUUUAAGAUAGUGAUGAUUUUUCUUGUCACCCCUAUAUCAUGUAAAGAUUAUAUGUCAUUUUUUAUAGUUGAAAAUAAAGCUCAUGUUUCAUGUUCU